AGAAAUCCUCAGUCGGACGCGAGUCGUGCCAGAAGAAGGUUCGCGCGAAUUGUCGUGGACUUAGUGGCUCACAGAAAUCGACUAUUUAUUGAAUAGUCACGUAUCUAUAAAUUUAUUGAAUAAUCAGAAACCCAGCGACAAGAAAGAUGUUGUUCCCAUGUUUGGCGUUAAUUGCAGUUCUGUAUCCAUCAAUGGUUCCCCAGGUAUCCGCAGAAGGUGAACCAUGUACACGAAACAAUCUACAAGGCGUCUGCAUUAACAUACGGUCCUGUCCGUUUUUAAUAAAUAUACUACAAACUCAAGGCAUAGCAGCCAGUGAAUACUUGAUGAGCACUGUUUGCUAUUACGCUGACAGGGAUCCAAUUGUUUGUUGCCCUCAGAACGACUCAAGAGAUAGUAAAGAAAUAAGGGACAGUCCGUAUGGACCAUUGCAACCACCGGAUUGUGGCUUCAGCAGCAUCCAACAUCAAAGAGUUGUUGGUGGUGUGCCAGCUGAACCUGGUGCAUGGCCCUGGCUAGCAGCCUUAGGCUACGAGAAUAAAAACAAUCCAUCGCAACCAAAAUGGCUGUGCGGAGGAUCCUUGAUAUCCGCCCGACACGUUUUGACUGCCGCCCACUGUAUUCGCAAUGAUUUGUACACCGUCCGCAUUGGGGACCUAGAUUUAUACAGCGAUAACGACGGUGUUCAACCUGUUCAACUAGGAAUUGACAAAGUAACAGUUCAUCCUCAAUAUAGCACCUCUUCGACCGUCAACGAUAUAGCUAUUAUCAGGUUGAACAACGACGUGCAAUUUUCCGAGCACGUCCGCCCGAUUUGUCUCCCAGUAGGGCCUUCCCUUCGGAACAAUAAUUUCGUACGAGCCUAUCCGUUCAUUGCUGGAUGGGGAUCACUUGCACCAAAGGGUGCUAGUAGCGCGGUUCUUAUGGAGGCGCAGGUACCGGUAGUUACUAAUGCGGCUUGUAAAGAUGCAUAUUCUCGAUUCCAAGCUGCUGUCAUCGAUGAUCGAGUAUUGUGUGCUGGAUAUGCUCGUGGUGGAAAGGAUGCUUGCCAGGGUGAUAGCGGAGGACCUUUGAUGUUGCCGCAGCGCCAGCAUUUCUUCCAAAUUGGAGUGGUUUCGUACGGUUAUAAAUGUGCUCUGCCUGGAUAUCCUGGUGUUUACACUAGAGUCACCGAUUUCCUGGAUUUCAUUAUCUCUGCGAUGCAUGUUCUGCUUUGUUUGGUGUAUGAACAGAGCUUGAUAAACCCAGCGACAGUAAAGAUGUUGUUCCCAUGUUUGGCGUUAAUUGCAGUUCUAUAUCCAUCCAUGGUUCCCCAGGUAUCCGCAGAAGGUGAACCAUGUACACGAAACAAUGUACAAGGCGUCUGCAUUAACGUACGGUCCUGUCCGUUUUUAAUAAAUAUACUACAAACUCAAGGCAUGACAGCCAGUGAAUACUUGACGAAUACUGUUUGCUAUUACGCCGGCAAAGAUCCAAUUGUUUGUUGCCCUCAGAACAACUCAACAGAUAGUAAGGAAAUAAGGGACAGUCCGUAUGGGCCAUUGGAACCACCGGUUUGUGGCUUCAGCAGUCUCGCAUCAGUUGUUGGUGGUGUGCCAUCUGCACCUCUUGUAUGGCCUUGGCUAGCAGCCUUAGGCUACGAGAAUAAAAGCAAUCCAUCGCAACCAAAAUGGCUGUGCGGAGGUUCCUUGAUAUCCUCCAGACACAUUUUGACUGCCGCGCACUGUAUUCGCAAGGAUUUACGCACCGUCCGCAUUGGGGACAUAGAUUUAUACAGCGAUGAAGACGGUGUUAUACCUGUUCAAUUGGGAAUUGACAACGUAACAGUUCAUCCUCACUAUAGCAAGUAUCCGCCCGUUAAUGAUGUAGCUGUUAUCAGGUUGAACGACGAUGUGGAAUUUUCCGAUUUCGUCCGCCCGAUUUGUCUCCCAGUAGGGCCUUUCCUUCGGAACAAUAGUUUCGUACGAACCUUUCCGUUCAUUGCUGGAUGGGGAUCACUUGCACCAAAGGGUGCUACUAGCGCGGUUCUUAUGCAGGCGCAGGUACCAGUAGUUACUAAUGCGGCUUGUAAAGAUGCAUAUUCCCGAAGAAAUGCCUCUGUCAUCGAUGAUCGAGUAUUGUGUGCUGGAUAUGCUCGUGGUGGAAAGGAUGCGUGCCAGGGUGACAGCGGAGGACCUUUGAUGUUGUCGCAACUCGAGCAUUACUUCCAAAUUGGUGUGGUUUCGUACGGUCAUGAAUGCGCUCUGCCUGGAUAUCCUGGUGUUUAUACUAGAGUCACCAAUUUCCUGGAUUUCAUUAUCUCUGCGAUGCACUUCAUAAACCCAGCGACAGGAAAGAUGUUGUUCCCAUGUUUGGUGUUAAUUGCAGUUCUGUAUCCAUCCAUGGUGCCCCAGGUAUCCGCAGAAGGUGAAUCAUGCAUACGAAACAACCUACAAGGCGUCUGCAUUAACAUAUUGUCCUGUCCGUAUUUAUUAUAUGUACAAAAAACUCAGCCAGAAGCUAGCGAAUACUUGACGAACGCGACUUGCUAUGACGCCGACAAGAAUUCAAUUGUGUGUUGCCCUCAGGAUGACUCAAGAGAUAUUAAGGAAAUAAGGGACAGUCCGUAUGGGCUAUUGCAACCACCGAAUUGUGGCUUCAGCAAUGCCUCACAUUAUGUGUUCGAUGUGCGUGUUAGCGGUGCUGCUGUGCCAGCUGAACCUGGUGCAUGGCCCUGGCUAGCAGCCUUAGGCUACGAGAAUAAAAGCAAUCCAUCGCAACCAAAAUGGCUGUGCGGAGGAUCUUUGAUAUCCUCCAGACACAUUUUGACUGCCGCCCACUGUAUUAUUGAUGGUUUGUACACCGUCCGCAUUGGGGACCUAGAUUUAUUCAGCGAUGACGACGGUGUUCAACCUGUUCAAUUGGGAAUUGACAAAGUAACAAUUCAUCCCCAAUAUGGCACCUCGUCGACCGCCAACGAUAUAGCUGUUAUCUGGUUGAGCGACAAUGUGGAAUUUUCCGAGCACAUCCGUCCGAUUUGUCUCCCAGUAAGGCCUUCCCUUCGGAACAAUGAUUUCGUAAAAUCCUAUCUGUUCAUUGCUGGAUGGGGAUCAGUUAAAGCAAGCAGCAAUGCUAUUAGCCCAGUUCUUAAGGAGGUGCUGGUACCGGUAGUUAGUAAUGCAGCUUGUAAUGAUGCAUAUUCCCGAAGAAAUGUCUCUGUCAUCGAUGAUCGAGUAUUGUGUGCUGGAUAUGCUGGUGGUGGAAAGGAUGCUUGCCGGGGUGACAGCGGAGGACCUUUGAUGUUGCCGCAGCGCCGGUACUUCUUCCAAAUUGGAGUAGUUUCGUUCGGUUUAGGAUGCGGCCUGCCUGGAUAUCCUGGUGUUUAUACUAGAGUGACCGAAUUCCUGGAUUUCAUUAUCUCUGCGAUGGAGUAAUCGAAAAGUAUUCAAGAAGCUUAAUGUCGCCCCCACUCUAGUUAAAAACCUUGGACUGUAAAUAAUCGCUGCAAAUGCUCUUAGUUGCACAUCGCUUAACGUCUUUUGUUAAACGAACGAUUUUGCACUGAAAGUGUUUCUGAAACGCGAAGGAGUUUGUUAAAUAAUCUUGAUUAAUCUUAAUUAAUCGCUCUGCAUCUUCUGCGACGAACAUAUUUUGUGCAAUUACGCAGUCUGGUUCCAUUGAAUCGAAUUUAUGAUUUACAUUUUAGAACACUGGAAGAAAGUUAUCGAACCUUGUUUUUUGUGCAUUGAAAUAUUGAGGAAAAGUUGAAUAAAGAAGAUCUUUUCUCGACCAUGAUGUAACGCCACAAAAAUGCCGCAUAAAUGUCGAUUUAUGAAUACUAAUGUGAAGUUUGAACAAAAACUUGUUCUGUUCAAAAUAAUUUCCAUUUUGCAUGUAUCUUUGGUGACACAAACAAAUGCUUAUCUCAAACUUGACACAGCUUCUAUCCAGAAUCCAAUAUAGAUCUAUACUUUUUAUGUCUUUCAAUGUGAUUUACUUAUACGAAUUCCUUUAAACGUUGUCAUUGUAGCUCCAAAAUAAAAUGAUUUAUUUAUUCUAA